UGUUAUGGCAGACGGACCAGGAUUUUACAGUAGCUUGCGUGUCAUAAAUACCCCGCAGACCCAGUGAGGGCAGUUAGGGGCAGAAAGCACUGACCACUGGGCUGAAUGAACAGACCUUAGUCCGGUACCGCUGGACCGCAGACAUGCGGCUGCUGUUUUUAGCUUGCCUUACUCCCAGAACUGGGAACUGCUUCACUGCAGAGAGGAUACAGGAUCACAUCGAGAGCGCAGGGCACACGUGUGUGCUUCGAGAUGUGGCGGAGUUCAAGUCUGCCUCUGAUGUGACUCUGCUGAUGACCCAAGAAGGACCAUUCGAAGGAGCACUGGCCAUUCAUCUCUUCAAAGGAGGCAGACUGCUCUUAGACGCUGGAGCGCCUUUCGGGGUUGUGUUCGGAGGGACGGACGUUAACGAGGACGUGAAGGACGAACACAAGCGAAAGGUGAUGGAGGAAGUUCUGCGCCGGAGCAGAUUUGCCGUGGCGUUCAGUAAAGAACUGAAGGAGAAAGCCGAAGCUGUUCUGGAGUGCGGGACCUGUGAGAUCUUUGUUCAAGCUCAAGGAAUUGAGACCAGAGUGAGCUCCGACUUGAGCUGGAGUGGUUUUUUACAUCGCUCAGGGGUGCGCGUGAAUACAGUAGAAGAUCUGCGUGUGUUUCUGUUGGUGUGUGGUCUCAGAAAAGUGAAGGACCCUCUUUACCUCCUGAAAGCGUUCUCAGAGUGGCAUGCUGAGAACCCGCGGGUGAUCCUCAUCAUCAUUGGCCCAAAGGUCGACUUUGCGUUCAGUGCAGAAGUGGAAGAAUGUGUGAGAAGAUCCGAUGGUGUGUUUCUGGCUGCAGAAAGGAGUCAGGAGGAGCUGCACACUGUUAUGCAGAAAUCUUUUGCCCUGGUCAAUUCCUCUGUUUCCGAGGGCAUGUCUGCUGCAAUCCUGGAGGCCAUGGAUUUGGGUGUGCCGGUUUUGGCCAGGGAUAUUCCCGGGAAUGCUGCGAUAGUGAAACAUGAGAUGAGCGGGCUGCUGUACUCCUCGCCGGAGGAGUUCGUGAGCCUUUCCAAAAGACUGCUGAGUGAUGCCGAACUCCAGGAAACCCUCAAGAAAAACGGAAAACGCUACGUUUCGGAGUGCCACAGCUCUGCCAAAGAAAGGACGACCUACCGGCAGCUGGUGGACAUGCUCCAUUGAUAGUCGGAUGGACUUCAGCUGGUUUCACAGGCGUUCGCCAGGUUUACGGCAUCGUUGUUGAUGUUUUUAUAUGCUGUCUUUUGUGUCUGUUAAAUUAUUUUUAUGUAUUUAGCCAAAAGGGAAGUGGGUGGAGCUGCGUGGACUUAAGUCUGCGAUGCAGAAUUGAAUUAGAGCCACAUUGACCUCGACUUUCUCAAGCUCUAGUGAGAAUCAGUAGUGCAACAAACAACCUGUGUUCACACUCAGCUCACAGGGUGAACUGUCUGUGCUCUAAUUCAAAGGAGGUGAGGCCCAAGUGGGCCUUCCUUUCCAUGAGCUUCGAGGAGCAGAGGCUCUCCAAGGCUGCCGUCUUCUUACUCGAUACAGUCAGGAAAGGUUUGACUGUGCAAACAUAGUUUCUGACUGAUUUUGUUGCACAAGGAUGGAGAUGGAUGUGUACUUGGAAGAAAAAUGAGCAUUUUUUACGGCUUCUUCAUUUCUCAGGCGGGAUGGCUUUGACCAUAGCUUGGUCAGUGUUGGUUGAGUGGCUGGGAGCUUUUCUAAACCAAAUGUUCAGGGUCCAUUUCAUCACAACCUCACUGAGUCAGAUACAGUCCAUUGAGUCGGCACCAGCUGAGGCAGGUAGUUGUGAACAUGGCUUCUGAUAUAGAGUUGCUGUCGGGACAAAACCUCGUAUCUUUUUUGUUUCGUUUUUUUUACAGAAUUCAAAAAGGUCAGUUGCUCUUUGUGACGUGUCAAAAAUGAACGGACCAACGGAAAUGGUCCAGAGUUCCUUAGGAACAUAUAUUCACUUCCAUUAAAGGUUAGGAAUGUUCUUCCUGGUCCUGUUCCCGGUACCUUUUUGGAGAUUCGAGGUUUUGUUCCGACUGCAACGAUAUUUUUGAUGGAAAAAGGAUCCUUUCAGAAAUGGAGGUGAACUUCGGUCCAACUUUAUAUCAAGUGUCUCUAAUAACUGUGUAGCUACAUGUGAACAACAUGUGCAAUAACCAUGUAACUACAAACGCUUUAACCAAUGUUACGUUUACAUUUACAUUUACGGCAUUUGGCUGACGCUCUUAUCCAGAGCGACUUACAGUGUGAUCAUUUUUUUACACAGGUAGGCGAAGGCGGUGUUAGGAGUCUUGCCCAAGGACUCUUAUUGG